UCAAUAAAUGCAAAUGUCCCGUUAAUCCCACAGUAAAUUGCACACGCCAAAUUCAGACAGCUAGCUUAUUAAAUCAGGGCUAGAAUUUUAACCAUGGUUAGGGUUUUCAACCCCCAAAUACCACCAAAACUCUUCCCCCAAAAAAAGGUGGGCUGUGAUCACCUUAAAUAGAGGAAAACCCCAGUUCAUUUUUCGUAAAAACCUCUCAUUAUUUGUUUGUUCAAUUUUUUUAUUCUAGCAACGUUUUCAAAAUUCCAUUUUAGGGUUCCUGAAUUCUCCAAAGCCAUUUUGUUCAAAUGUUAAUUCUUUUGAUCUGAGUUCUGAAAACACCCUUGAAAAACCAGCAUUUUUUGAGUUUCUUCAGUGGUAAAUUCAUCAAGCGGCGCCUCUGAGAAUCACAUUACGUGUAAAGGAGGUUGAGCCAAAAGUCAACUGUGUCUAACUCUGCCUGGAGAAACAAGGGGAAAUAGUUUGUCACUACAUUAAGCUGCUACCUGAUCAGCAACAUAAGAAGGUUGCUAAAGCUGAAGAUUGAUAUUACGUGAAAAUGGAGUGUAAUAAAGAUGAGGCUGUUAGGGCUAAAGGAAUUGCUGAGAAGAAGUUACUAGAAAGAGACAUUUCAGGAGCCAAGAAGUUUGCUUUAAAGGCUCAAAACCUGUUCCCCAAGCUUGAUGGUCUGUCUCAGUUCCUUGAGAUCAUUGAUGUGUAUGUUGCUCACGAGAAGAAAAUAAAUGGAGAAGCAGAUUAUUAUGGGAUUUUUGGUAUAGAUCCCUUUGUUGAGGAAGAAGUUCUGAAGAAGCAGUACAAAAGAAUGGCUCUCUCUCUUCACCCUGAUAAAAACAAGUCAGUUGGGGCUGAAGGAGCAUUCAAGAUACUGUCACAAGCUUGGAGUGUGCUGUCAAACAAGGAUAAUAGAACUGCAUAUAACUUGAAAAUAAACAUAAGAGCUCCAAAUCAGACUGGCAGCUUUAGCUCGGCCACUGCAAAGUAUACAACAGCAGCCACUAAUCCACAGCAUUUACCUACUCGACCAAGGACUCAGACUGCGACCAAACAGUAUAAUUCUGCCCCAUACCACCCUACAAAUGCAACUUGUGGUACCAGCUCCAAGCAUAAUCCAAGUGGUCAGCAGGCUCCAGCAGCAGCAGUGCCGGGUAGCUCCCAGCAUAAUCCAGGUGGUCAGCAGGCUCCAGCAGCAGCUGUGGCCCGUAGCUCCCAGGAUAAUCCAAGUGGUCAGCAGGCUCCAGCAGCAGCAGUGGCCGGCAACUCCCAGCACAAUCCACAUGGUCAGCAGGUUCCAGCAGCAGCAGUGGCUGGUAGCUCCCUGCAUAAUCCAAGUGGUCAGCAGUCUCCAGCAGUAGCAGGAGGUGGUUCGCCGUACAGUGCCACUCCACAGCCAACACCUGGCACCAGUGCCAAGUACAUGACUGCUGCUAAUUCACAAUAUCAUCCUGCUACAUGCCGACCAGUUUAUUCAACACCUGGAAGCACCAGCCUCCACAUUCCAAGUUAUCAGAAGACACCAGCAACAGCCAUGGAGUCCAAGUUCAUACCCAUCCCUCACCUUCCUAGGAAUCCAACCCCAUCCACUCAUAAUCAGUAUAGUCCCACCGGAAAUCCUCAGCUAAUUCCCAAAUAUCAGAAGAAUCUGGCACCCGCCAGAAACCAGCCAACCUCCAGCCAUAUUCCCUUGAGAACUGAGACAUUUUGGACAUCAUGCAAUAGGUGCAGGAUACAGUUCGAGUACCAAAAAAUUUAUCUCAAUCAAAAUCUUCUCUGUCCUCAUUGUAAGCAGCCUUUUCUUGCAAAAGAGAUUCCUGCUCCGAAUGUGAGCAGUCGGAUUUCAUGCCCUCGGCCCUUUCCCCAUCAGCAGCAAGAUACGUCUGCUGCUUCAAGUGGUUCCAAAGGUGAGCCUGCCUCAUCUCCAAGAACUUCUGAAGCUGCUUUGCGCCAACUAUGCAUGGAGCGUCUCAAAAGAAAGUUUGGAGAGGUAGUAAACAUGGCAAGGGAUAAAGAGGGUCCAACGAAGAAUAAUAGCGCUGUCCCAGAAAAGGUGGAAACAGCUUCACCUUCUAAUGCUGCAUCCACGGGCCUAAACAGAGAGAAGUCUUUAAAAAAGAGACGCACAGGUGGCCCAACUAGUGUCAAGAAAGGAAGCCAAGGGGCAGCAGGGGGAAGGUCUGACCUUAAGAGGACAUCUACAAAUCUGAAGGGGAAUUUUGGAGCUGAACAACAGUCGAGAAGUGCGAAGGAAUUAUCCCAUACUGAGAUUCAUGGCAUGCUGAUGGUGAAGGCAAGGAUGGAAAUUCUUGGCCGGCUAAACGAACGGGGGACUGAAAAAUCAAAAUCUUCACAUACAAAGAGAGUGGAGAUCAAAGAUGCCGUGCAUGCUUCGAAGAAUGAUUCCAUUAAUUACAUGAGGACAGAAAAAAGCAAAGAUGGCUUGUUCAGUGAUACCAUAAAGACAUCGCAGAUUAAGAACUCGUCCACUUUGAAAGAUACUGACGAUAUAGAUGCAAAUCCAGAUGAAACUGUAUCUAUGAUUGUGCCAGAUGCGAACUUUCACAAUUUUGAUGAGGAUAGAAUAGAAGAGUCUUUCGCUGAACACCAGGUAUGGGCUGCAUAUGAUGACGAUGAUGGUAUGCCUCGAUAUUAUGCUUUGGUCCAUCAAGUCAUAUCCAGAAAGCCAUUUAAGAUACAAAUCAGCUGGUUAAACUCUAAAUCCAGUUCUGAAUUUGGAUCACUAGACUGGAUAGGUUCUGGCUUCAAGAAGACUACUGGAGAUUUUAGGGUUGGCAAGUUUAUAGUUAGUAAAAGAUUAAAUUCUUUCUCUCAUCCAGUUAAGUGGCAAAAGGGGGCAAGAGGAGCAAUUCAGAUUAUCCCAAGGAAAGGGGAUGUUUGGGCAUUGUACAGGAACUGGUCCCCUGAUUGGGAUGUAGACACUGCAGAUGAAGUGAUACACAAAUAUGAUUUGGUAGUGGUACUAGAAGACUAUAAUGAAGAUAAAGGUGUUUUGGUUGCUCCUCUAGUUAAAGUGGCUGGCUUCACAUCAGUAUUUAACCAGCUUUUGGACCAAAGAGAUAUCUGGACAGUUCCAAGGGAAGAGAUGUUUCGAUUCUCUCAUCAGGUUCCUUUCUACAUGCUGGAUGGGCUAGAAGCUGAAAAUGCUCCAAAGGGUUGCUAUGAGCUGGAUCCUGCUGCUCUUCCUUUGGAACUUCUCAAGGUGAUCACAGAUGCUGAGGUAGCUGAGAAAAGAUCUUCUGAACAAGCUGUGGUAUUUAGACAAUGCGAGGCUGGAAAGGAGCAUAGGGCAGAAUCAAGUAACUUAGGUAAAGGAUAUGCAACUGAGGACGGUGGCAAUGUUGGAGACACCAAGCAUGUGUUGACGUAUUUUAGAAGAAACAAAGGGAGGAAGAUGGAAGUGGAUGUUGAUCAUUCCCAAAGAUGAAAUCUGUGAUGCAUUUUAGGUAGUUCUUUUUCGAAUUUCUGAACUAUAUAGUUCCCCACAUAGAAGUGAAAUUAUGAUAUUAGCAUUAAAAUUGGAAAAUUUUCCAGAUGAAAGUGUGUAACCAUGCUGAGAAUGAUGAAACACUUCUAUUAUAUACU